GCCUACUGUUUUCUUGGCUCUAAGCAGAGCUUCCAGGAACCCUGCGCAAUGAAAUAGAUGAUGAGGUUCAGAGAGGGACAGGGAGUUGCCCGCAGCCACACAGCAGGUCCUCAGCCUGACCUCUGCGUCCUGUCUCCCGUCCAUUUCCACCAUGGUCUUCUGGACGCAGCUGAUGCUGCUGCUUUGGAAGAAUUUACUGUAUCGCAGGAGACAGCCGAUCCAGCUCUUGGUGGAGUUGAUGUGGCCUCUCUUUCUCUUCUUCAUCCUGGUGGCCGUACGCCAUUCCCACCCCCCACUCGAGCAGCAUGAAUGCCACUUCCCCAACAAGCCGCUGCCUUCAGCGGGCACCAUUCCUUGGCUCCAGGGCCUCAUCUGCAACGUGAACAACACCUGCUUCCCGUGGCCCACGCCUGGAGAGGAGCCUGGAGUCGUCAGCAACUUCAAGGAUUCCCUGGUCUCCCGCUUCCUGGCAGAUGCCCAUAGUGUCCUGGGGGGCCCCAGUGCCCAAAGGAUGCUGGCCAGCCUGAGGAAGCUCAUGCCCAUGCUGAGGGCAGCUCACCGAGCUAGGGCAGCCUGGCCUCAGCCGAGUGACCAGCCCAAGGAGGGACCACCCCUGGCCACUGAGCUGCUGAGGACACUGCUGCGAGGGGAAUCCCUGGGGUCUGUGCUGGGCCAAGCCCCGGAGUCCAUGGGCAGCUUUGUGGAGGCAGCAGAGGACCUGGCCCAGGAGGUCCUGGAGCUGCCCAGCCUGGUGGAGCUGCAGGUGCUGCUGCAGAGACCCCAGAGGACCACUGGACCCCUGGAAGUGGUGUCAGAGGCCCUCUGCAGUGCCAGGGGGCCUAGCAAACCGGGGGGGCCCUCCCUCAACUGGUAUGAGGCCAGUGACCUGAAGGAGCUCAUGGGACAGAAGCCGGCAAGGGCCCUACCUGUUGACAGCCUGAGCUCCACGUGCAAUAAGCUGAUGGGGGCCCUGGACACCCACCCCAUGUCCCGCCUGCUCUGGAGGCGCCUGAAGCCACUGGUCCUGGGGAAAGUACUGUUUGCUCCUGAUACGCCCUUCACCCGGCAGCUCAUGGCCCAGGUGAACCGAACCUUCCAGGAACUGGCUGUGUUGAAGGACGUCCAGGAGGUGUGGGAGCUGCUGGGACCCCAGCUCUUCAACUUCAUGAAUGACAGUGCAAAUGUCGCCAUGCUGCAGAAGCUCCUGCAAAUCCGGGACGAAAGAAGGAAGCAGCUAGGACCUGGAGGCCGGGACCAGGUGGAGGCCCUCCGUGCCUUUCUGAACCCACACAGAGGUGGCUACAGCUGGCAGGAGGCCCACGCUGACAUGGGACAUCUGGUGGGCAUGCUGGGCUGCGUGAUGGAGUGCGUGACCCUGGACAAGCUGGAGGCUGUGCCCUCAGAGGCCGCCCUGGUGGAGCGGGCCCUGGAACUGCUCUCCCAGCACCGUUUCUGGGCCGGCAUUGUCUUCCUGGGGCCGGAGGACUCCCCGGACCGCACGCAGUUCCCAGGCCCUGGUCCCUUGCGCAUCAAGAUCCGUAUGGACAUCGAUGACGUAACCAGAACCAAUAAGAUAAGGGACAGGUUUUGGGACCCUGGCCCCGCCGCUGACCCCCUGAUAGACCUGCGCUAUGUGUGGGGCGGCUUCGUGUACCUGCAGGACAUGGUGGAGCGCGCCGCCGUGCACGUGCUCAGCGGCGCCCCGCCCCGCGCCGGCCUCUACCUGCAGCAGAUGCCCUACCCUUGCUAUGUGGAUGAUGCGUUCCUGCGAGUGCUGAGCCGCUCACUGCCGCUCUUCCUGACGCUGGCCUGGAUCUACUCGGUGGCGCUGACUGUGAAGGCUGUGGUGUGCGAGAAGGAGACGCGGCUGCGCCACACGAUGCGCGCCAUGGGGCUCAGUGGCGCUGUGCUGUGGCUGGGCUGGUUCCUCAGCUGCCUCGGGCCCUUCCUUCUCAGCACCGCGUUGCUCGUGGCCGUGCUCAAGCUUGGGGACAUCCUCCCCUACAGCCACCCUGUUGUGCUCUUCCUGUUCUUGGCGGCUUUCGCCGUGGCCACGGUGGUCCAGAGUUUCUUGCUGAGCGCCUUCUUCUCCCGCGCCAACCUGGCGCCUGUGGCCUUUGGCUUCGGCUGCGAGAGCCUCGCGCUGCUGGAGGAGCAGGGUGAGGGCGCGCAGUGGCACAACAUGGGCACUGCGCCUACGGACGACGUCUUCAGCCUGGCCCAGGUUUCGGGCCUUCUGCUGCUCGAUGCCACUCUCUACGGCCUCGCCACCUGGUACCUGGAGGCCGUGUGCCCAGGCCAGUACGGGAUUCCCGAACCAUGGAACUUUCCCUUUCAGAGGAGCUACUGGAUUGGCCCUCAGCCCCCCAAGGGUCCCGCCCCGCCCCCUGCCCCGCAAGACCCACAGGUGCUGGUGGAGGAGGCACCACAUGGCCUGGUUCCCGGGGUCUCCAUACGGGGCCUAGAAAAGCGCUUUCCUGGCAACCCGCAGCCAGCCCUGCGGGGGCUCAGCCUGGACUUCUACCAGGGCCACAUCACCGCCUUCCUGGGCCACAACGGAGCGGGCAAGACCACUACUCUGUCCAUCCUGAGCGGCCUUUUCCCACCCACUUCUGGCUCUGCCUGUGUCCUGGGCCAUGACGUCCGGUCCGGCAUGGCAGCUAUCCGGCCCCACCUGGGCAUUUGCCCACAGUACAACGUGCUGUUUGACAUGCUGACUGUGGAUGAGCAUGUCUGGUUCUACGGGCGGUUGAAGGGUCUGAGCGCAGCUGCCGUGGGCCCUGAGCAGGACCGUCUGCUUCAGGACGUGGGGCUCAUCCCCAAGCGGCACACACAGACGCGCCACCUCUCUGGCGGGACACAGCGGAAGCUUUCAGUGGCCAUUGCCUUUGUGGGUGGCUCCCAAGUCGUUAUCCUGGACGAGCCCACGGCUGGUGUGGACCCUGCUUCCCGUCGCAGCAUUUGGGAGCUGCUGCUCAAAUACCGUGAAGGUCGCACACUGAUCCUUUCCACCCACCACCUGGAUGAGGCUGAGCUGUUGGGAGACCGUGUGGCAAUAGUGGCAGCCGGCCGCCUGUGCUGCUGUGGCUCCCCACUCUUCUUGCGGCGUCACUUGGGCUCCGGAUACUACCUGACGCUGGUGAAGGGUCCCCCACCUCUGGCCGCCAGCAAAAAGGGUGACACUGACUUGAAGGAUACCAGGAGGGAAGGGGAGCUGGGCAGCCAUGACAGCACUGCCGGUGUGCCCCAGCUGCUGGCCCUGGUGCAGCGCCUGGUGCCCGGGGCACGGCUGGUUGAGGAGCUGCCACACCAGCUGGUGCUGGCACUGCCCUACAAGGGUGCCCUGGACGGCAGCUUCGCCGAGCUCUUCCGUGAGCUGGACCUGCAGCUGGGGAAGCUGGGGCUGGCCAGCUAUGGGAUCUCCGACACCAGCCUCGAGGAGAUCUUCCUGAAGGUGGUAGAGGACUGUGCUACAGACACAGGCCCAGAGAAUGCAGCCACAGGUCCAUGUCCCAGGCCCCUGACCCUGUGCUUGAGGAAUUACCCGGAAGUGACCACGCGGCUCAAGAUUCUGCCCGAUGGGUCCACCCUGGAGAAUGGGGAGCUGGCUGGAUCUGCCCCAGAGAUGCAGGCCCUGCAGAGCUCAGGGCCAGAUGCCACAGGCCGGGUCCAGGGCUGGGCACUGACCCUCCAACAGCUCCGGGCCUUGCUUCUCAAACGCUUCCUGCUGGCCCACCGCAGCCGCCGGGGCCUGUUCGCACAGAUCGUGCUGCCUGCCCUCUUUGUGGGCCUUGCGCUGGCGUUCAGCCUCGUCGUGCCUCCUUUUGGAUACUACCCGCCUCUGCAGCUCAGUCCCAGCAUGUACGGUGCCCAGGUGUCCUUCUUCAGCGAGGAUGCCCCAGGUGACCCUGAACGUGCCCAUCUGCUUGAGGCACUGCUGGAGGAGGCCGGAUUGGAGGGAAAUAACUCCGCCAGGGCGCCCAAGUGCACCCCGCCCGCCGUCGGCCAGUUCUCGGUGCCCGAGGUUCCUGCGGAUGUGGCUGAAGUCUUGGCCAGGGGCAACUGGACGCCAGAGUCUCCGUCCCCAGCCUGCCAGUGUAGCCGGCCUGGCGCCCGCCGCCUGCUGCCCGACUGUCCCUCAGGGGCCGGUGGUCCCCCGCCACCCCAGGCGCCAAGCAGCUCGGGCGAAGUGGUCCAGAACCUAACCGGCCGGAAUCUGUCUGACUUCCUGGUCAAGACCUACCCGGGCCUAGUGCGCCAGGGCCUGAAAACUAAGAAGUGGGUGAAUGAGGUCAGGUAUGGGGGCUUCUCGCUGGGGGGCCGAGACCCGGGCCUACCCUCAGGGCUUGAGGUGGGUCGCUCUGUGGAGGAGCUGCGGGCCCUGCUGAGUCCCCAACCUGGCGGGGCCCUCGACCGCAUCCUGAACAACCUCACAGCAUGGGCUCUCAGUCUGGACACCCAGGACAGCCUCAAGAUAUGGUUCAACAACAAGGGCUGGCACGCGAUGGUGGCCUUUGUCAACCGAGCCAACAAUGCUCUCCUACAUGCCCGUCGGCCACCAGGCCCCACCCGUCAAGCCCACAGCAUUAUCACCAUCAACCAUCCACUGAACCUCACCAAGGAGCAGCUGUCCGAGGCUGCGCUGAUGGCCUCCUCAGUGGACGUGCUUGUCUCCAUCUGCGUGGUCUUUGCUAUGUCCUUCGUCCCAGCCAGCUUCACCCUUGUCCUCAUCGACGAGCGUGUCACCCGAGCCAAACACCUGCAGUGCAUGGGUGGCCUGCCCCCAACCCUCUACUGGCUCAGCAACUUUGUCUGGGACAUGUGUAACUACUUGGUGCCAGCGUGCAUUGUGGUCCUCAUUUUUCUGGCCUUCCAGCAGAGGGCGUAUGUGGCCCCUGCCAACCUGCCUGCCCUCCUGCUCUUGCUACUACUGUAUGGCUGGUCGAUCACACCGCUCAUGUACCCAGCCUCCUUCUUCUUCUCCGUGCCCAGCACGGCCUACGUGGUGCUCACCUGCAUCAACCUCUUUAUUGGCACCAAUGGCAGCAUGGCCACUUUUGUGCUUGAGCUCUUCUCUGAUCAGAAAUUGCAGGAGGUGAGCCAGAUCCUGAAACGGGUCUUCCUUAUCUUUCCCCACUUCUGCCUGGGCCGGGGGCUCAUUGACAUGGUGCGGAACCAGGCCAUGGCUGACGCCUUUGAGCGCUUGGGAGAUGGGCAGUUCCAGUCACCCCUGCGCUGGGAGGUGGUUGGCAAGAACCUCUUGGCCAUGGUGGUACAGGGGCCCAUCUUCCUCCUCUUCACGCUCCUGCUGCAGCAUCGCAACCGCCUCCUGCCACAACCCAGGCUGAAGCCUCUGCCUCCCCUGGGAGAGGAGGAUGAAGAUGUGGCCCGUGAGCGGGAACGGGUCAUGCUGGGGGAUACCCAGGGGGAUGUGUUGGUGCUGAGGGACCUGACCAAGGUGUACCGUGGGCAGAGGACACUGGCUGUCAACCGCCUGUGCCUGGGGAUCCCCCCUGGCGAGUGUUUUGGACUGCUGGGUGUGAAUGGAGCGGGGAAGACGUCCACCUUCCGCAUGGUGACGGGGGACACGCUGCCCAGCGGGGGUGAGGCCACGCUGGCGGGCCACAGCGUGACCCAGGAACCAGCUGCAGCUAACCGCCACAUGGGCUACUGCCCUCAGUCUGAUGCCAUCUUCGAGCUGCUGACAGGCCGUGAGCACCUGGAGCUGUUUGCACGCCUGCGCGGGGUCCCCGAGGCCCAGGUUGCCCAGACAGCAAGCUUGGGCCUGGAGCGCCUGGGGCUCCUUCAGUAUGCGGACCGGCCCGCGGGCACCUAUAGCAGUGGCAACAAGCGGAAGCUGGCGACAGCCCUGGCUCUGGUGGGGGACCCGGCUGUGGUCUUUCUGGAUGAGCCGACCACCGGCAUGGACCCCAGUGCCCGGCGCUUCCUCUGGAACAGCCUCCUGGCUGUGGUGCAGGAGGGCCGCUCCGUGGUGCUCACCUCGCACAGCAUGGAGGAGUGUGAGGCCCUCUGCACGCGCCUCGCCGUCAUGGUGAACGGGAGGUUCCGCUGCCUGGGCAGCACGCAGCACCUCAAGGGCAGAUUCGGGGCUGGCCACACGCUGACCCUGCGGGUGCCCUUGUCGCGGUCUGAGUCAGCGGCAGCCUUCGUGGCAGCGGCGUUCCCGGAGGCCGAGCUGCGGGAGGCACACGGCGGCCGCCUGCGCUUCCAGCUGCCGCCGGGAGGGCGCUGCGCCCUGGCGCGCGUCUUUGGAGAGCUGGCGGCUCACGGGGCGGAGCAUGGCGUGGAGGACUUCUCUGUAAGCCAGACCACGCUAGAGGAGGUAUUCCUGUACUUCUCCAAGGAUCAGGGGAAGGAGGAGGAGGAGGAACAGGAGGCAGAAGAGGACCCUGUGCCAGGCUGGCAGCGCCCCAAGCUCAUCACCCGGUCCCUCGAUGACCCCAGCAUGGCCGUGACGGUGCUCUGAGCCUAUCUCCUCUGUGGAGCUGGUGGGAGGCCCUGGGAGUGACAGAGGCAGGGCAGAGGGCCUGGAGCAUGGACCCAGACUCCCAGAAGGGUCGCUGCUCAGGAGGAAAUAAAGAGAAGUCGUGGUGUAAAGCAGUGUGCACGUGUGUCCGUGCGCCAGGCUGCGUGCUUCUCCAAAGCUGGCUGUGUGCACUUGUCUGGAUCCCAGGCCUGGCACCCACGUGUGUGCAGGUGUGGGCUUGUGAACACAGAUGCCCUUUGUGGGAUGCAGGGGAGGCCCCAGCUACAGCCAACUGGACUCCCAGCUGUCAAGGCCUCUGUGCUGGGCUGGGGAACAGGGGUCUCACGUGCACGGGUGGCCUUCAUAAGAGCCUGGACACUGGUCCCGGGGCCCCUACAUGCCCAC